AUGACACCCGCAUCGCCGGCCCAGCCUACGAAGGCAUGUACCUUCGAUGUUUCCUGCCCGCCCGGCGCGUCGGUGGAUUCUAUCUUCGACGCGGCGGUGGCCAUUGUCGGCACUGCCGAAUUGUUCUCUGUGCAGCAUCUGGGAGGCAGCAACUUUCAGAUGUCUGUUACAUCGUCAUCGGCCAUGAGCCGAAUCGUCAACGCCGGGGCUCUGACCAUCGGCGGAAGAAGCGUCCCCAUCGUCCCGGUAGGCCCGCAAGUAACGUCCAUUACGUGCCUCUACCUACCGAUUUAUGUGAGAAACGAAGCCCUCGCCGCCGCCCUGUCGCUUUACGGGAAGGUUCUGGAUAUUCGCUUCGGCGUCUACCAGGACCACCCCAACCUCCGGACGGGUACCCGCUACAUCCGAAUGGAGAUGAAGGAGUCUACCCCGGUGCCGAACUUCCUCCGCGUCUCCGGUCAUCGGGCCACCUUCGACUACCGCGGUCUCAAGAGAGUCUGCCGACGCUGCCAGCAGGAGGGCCACCUCAAGGCGGCCUGUAACGUGCCCUAUUGUGCCCGCUGCGCCGCCUUCGGCCACGACACCGUCGGCUGCGCGGCCGGCUGCGGACGCUGCGGAGCGGCCCACGCCACGGUGGACUGCACCCAGCGUCGCAGCUACUCAGCCGUGGCCGGCUGCGGCCAGGACGACUUCCCGGCCUUGACUCCGGCGUCCCAGACUCCGAAGUCCCAGGGCAGGCCUCCUACCACCCCUACUCCCCCUCCUGCGGCGACGGCCGCCACCCAAGGGUCCGGUGACACGCCUGCCCCCGCCGAGCCCCCAGUGACGACCCCGUCCGAGCUCGCCCCGACAUCGCAACAGUCGAAGCCGGCAAGCGCCACCGACGCGAAUUCGAACGCGUCACAGGACGCCGCCGAGGCCGCGCUUUCGAAUGCGGUCCACACCGCAUCUGUGCACGCGCCCACUCCUACCAGUCCCGGCUCAGAGGAAGUACUGGUGAAGGAGGAACGCCCGCGAACGCCGGAACUCUGCCCCAGCCCGCUUCCCAGCUGGAGCGACAUUACGGAGGACUCUGCCUCAUCGACGGACGACCGCCUCGUCAUCGACGAGGUUGCCCACGACAAAGACAGCGCUCUGCCGCGCGGCCGAGAUCGUCGCCGCGGCACCUCCGAGGAACUCCGAAAAACCUGCAGCCGCAGUCGCAGCCCGCAUGGCGGUGCCGAAGACGGGAAGCGAGAUCUUUCCAGCAGCGGCGAAUCAGGGUCCCCAGGAUCCACUCCAGCAUCGGCAGCGGCUCCCAAGCGGUUGCGGAAGGACCUCGUCGCGCUGUCUGACAGCUCGUGCAUCACAUCCGAUACAUCCACGGACUAGCAGUGAA